UACGCUUGACUUCCGAUGUUCAAUUUGUUAUUUUGAUUCGCAGGAAUCAAAGUAAGUUUAAAUGUUGUUUACUAUAUAGGUGCGAAAUAACAACAGCCUGAAGACAAAGGCGUUUUAAAAUGACUUCUACAGCUGCAUUGCAAAUCACCAUAUGGAUUACUUUGACCUUGGUUGUCAUCGUGAACGGACAGACGUGUACGUGCGAUCUUACAGGAGGUGUAUGUGAAGUGAAUUGUUGCUGUGACGUUGAUUGCACGUCGGCAGAUAUUGCUACGUUUAGUCGGUGUAUAGACACGUCGUAUGUAUUGAACAAUCAGAAAUGUGUCGUGGAUCAAGUAGUUUUUGUGAACAGUAUAAGCAGCACUGUGCAGACUCAUCAAAACGGAUUAUUUUGCAUCGAAACGGAUAACUUUGCGGAGCGAAACAAUUAUAUCAACCCACUGUGUGCAACGAGUAACACUUGCUUCAACUUUUAUACCCCAACUUUCACAUAUGAAACCUCAGCUACAGCAACAACCUUGUCUACCACAGCCUACUACACAUCUGGAGAUACAAUUGACACAAUUUACACUGGAAAUGUGACCGGACUUUUCAAGAUACCAGUUCCAUCUGUAUCAAAUUUGUGUCAGGAAUCUUCUCCAGUUGAAUAUCUGAUCAAUCAAAGGGGUUCAUGUGUUCAGUCAAUCAUAGAUUUAUCUAUAGAAUGCACUACUAAUCCUUCAUUGUCAGCUUCUUCUUAUUUUGCAGGUUUCAAAAUUGCUCCAACACGGUCUGCAUUCCUGCUAGCAAUCAAUUCAAGCAUAUUUGAUGACCCAAGUCUUUUGGACAUCAAUGAAACCUGCAUUGGGGUUACUUCAAAUUGCAGCUCACUUCCUUCCUAUGAUACUGGUUUACUUCAGUGUUUAAAUGCUGUAACCUCUGCACAAUAUAGCUUCACUGUUAAUGGAACAGGUGGAAUAACCGCAGUUGAUGUUACGAUAACUUUAGCCAACUUAGCUUCAACUAGUUUACCUCUAGCUCAAGAUUUUGGGGUAAGUUUUGCUUCUUUAACAACCUCUAGCACUGUAACAACAGCAAGAAGUGGAAACCCAGGGUACAUUGUUGGAAAACCAGUAAUUUCAGCAUUGUAUGAAGCUGUCAAUCAAACUGUCUCUAUGAGUUCUGACCCCAAUGUUGGGUUCACUUUGGUCCAACCUGAUUCAACUGGUUUAUGCAGUAAUGUUGCACGAACACCUAUUCUGUUUGGGCAGGAUUUAUCUACAGGUUGCAGGAUAACAUACACAUCAAGUACCCCAUGUGAUGAUAUACAACAACUUGCUUUACGUGUUUUAAAUAGAGCAACUUUUACAACGAAUUCCAACCUUUAUGUUGCAGCAUUUGGUAAUUCAGAUAUUCAAAGUCUUAUUCAGGAUAUAACGACUCAAGAUUGGGUUUUGGUGCAAGAGACUGCACCAGGUGCUCUGACUGGAACAGUAGCUAAUGGCUGUAACGGUAUUCUGCUUGGUGCCCAUUAUCAAAUCUUAUAUGCAAAUGCUGGAUCUAUUUCAAAUCCUCAAGCCAAAAUUAUUGGUGUAAGGUAUUCAUACGAUACAAGUCAAACUCUAACAUUUGUAUGUUUAUCCCCGAAUUGUGAUACGAGAACACAAUCAAUAGAAAUCAAAAACUCAGUUACGUUUCUUGAUGUUUCUGAAACCCCAACUACAAUAUUUAAACAGCGACCCACGAUUCAAGCUAAACUACCGAAUGAUUUCUUUUUUCCGUUUAAAAACUCUGCAACUUCUAACUUGAGUCUCAACAAGUUAUUCUUAACAUUAUUAAGUGUGUUUUUGUGCUUUUUGUUCAGGUAAAAUCAGCAAAUUAUGAGUGUUUAAUCUUUAAUGUUAUGGUUUUAUGGUAAAAUUUUUUAAAAACUGAUUUAAAAUUAUUGGUAUAUUAUAUAUAUAUCUUUAAUUUGUGCUGCACAAAAACAGUGACUAAAGAUGAUAAUUAUUAAAUACACACUUCUUCUGUACAUUGUUGUAAGUUAGACCACUGUACCUUUUAUCACUUAGUUCAUAUAUCGCUUUUUAUAACAUGUGUGCUUCCAGAAUUAGCUCGCUUAUUCCAAAAAUUUAUAUUUUUUUACUUAGA